AUGUCCACCUUCGACAAGGCCGCGCUCGCCGAGCUCCUCACCAAAGGCCACCAACGCCAAAUGGUCGCCACCAAACACCUCACCCUCGCCUUCGCCGGAACAUACAUCGUCGCAACAACCCUAGCCGCCAAACCCGUCUUGGUCUGGGAGGAUCCAGCCAGCAGCUACGGCCGGUACUACGUGCCCGUGGAAUCGCUGCACCCGAGCAUUAAAGGUCAAGGUAACGACGGCGCGGCGAAGAACGGAUCGAACGGCGCCAGCAAAGAUGCCGUUCGCCUCGAGACGAUCGAGACGUUGCAAGGCAAAGGCGCGGACGCCUGGGCCGCGGCGGUGGAGAAGUUGAGCAUUGGCGAUCGCAGCACGACCUGGGCUCGCUUUACGCAAGGCCCCUUCAAGGACUUUAUUCGCUUUGAGCCAAAGGAAAUGGACGCCUGGUUCGAAAACGGCGCCAUCUUCCGCGGCCUCAAAAACGUGUACAAACGCAUCGACACGACGCCCAUCGCGGCGCACGUCGUCGUCACCAUCGCCGGCACCAAAGUCGCCGAGUCGCAGGUCGCCGUGCUGCUGAGCGAGACGUACCUCAACCCCGCCUACUACCUGCCGGCCACGAGUAUUCUCGACUGGGGCAUGGUGGAGAAGAGUGAGCGGCGCACGGAGUGUCCUUAUAAGGGCGAGGCUGCGUACUUCCAUUUGAACGUCAAUGGGAAACGGCAGGAGAAUGUCGUGUGGUAUUACCCCUUCCCGACACAUGAAAGCUCCGGGGUGGAAGGGUUGGUCAGUUUCUACAACAAAGAAGGCGUGGAGAUCCUCGUGGACGGAGUCAAGAUCUGA